GACUGCAGCUCUUUACGCAAGGAGUCAGGGAUCUAAUCCCAAAGCCCCUGUGGAUGUGCUGUAUGUAGAUUGAUGCCUGGGGUGGGGGCGGACCUUCCUAGGGGCCCCCGAGUGACAGCGCCACGGCAGGUUCAGGAGACGCGCGUGCGCGGAUCGCCCCGGGGAAGCGCAUCGGCGUAGCGCGUCCUGUUGCGCAUGCUCGGAGCCCACUGCCCGGCUGGGGAUCGGCGCACCUGGUGUGUCUGCAGCUCGGCCCUGCAUCCCACCCGGGCAUCCCGCGCCCGGCCAUGACAGCGCAUUCCUUCGCCCUCCCGGUCAUCAUCUUCACCACGUUCUGGGGCCUCAUCGGCAUCGCCGGGCCCUGGUUCGUGCCGAAGGGACCCAACCGCGGAGUGAUCAUCACCAUGCUGGUGGCCACCGCCGUCUGCUGUUACCUCUUCUGGCUCAUUGCCAUCCUGGCUCAGCUGAACCCCCUGUUCGGGCCCCAGCUGAAGAAUGAAACCAUCUGGUACGUGCGUUUCCUGUGGGAAUGACCCACCGCGGCCUCUGGCCCCAGGUGCCCCAGCUCUCUGGAUGACCCUGGCCCGACUGUCCCUGAUGGCCCCUCCAUCCCGCCCUCCCCCACAGCCGUGUCCGGGUCCUCCUCCCCCCAGCGCCCUCCUGCUGGCACCCUGGACCCGCACCUCCAGGGCCUGCCUGUCCUAGGGACCCCCUUCACCGCCGGCCCCGGCCCUCGGGAGAGCCCCGAGUGCAGAGUCGGGCCAGGGCCAGGGGUAUCGCUUACAUCCCCACUGCUCUGGAGUUUCCCGUCCUCCUAAGUAGGUCCUGGCCAAGAGCUGAUGCAGGUGAGAUCUUUCUGUUACAGAUGGGGCAGAGGCCAGGACUCAGGCCAGCCCAAGGGAGGACACGUGUCCUUGUAGAGAAAGGGCGUCCAGCCCAGGGUGCUUGGGCCACCAGCUCUGCCACCACCCUGCUGUGAGGAGGAGGAGCUCUGUCCUAUCAUGUCCAAGGCCUUUUCGAGCUCUGGCAUGGAAUGGAAUUAUUCUUUAAUUUUCCAACAUAUCUAGAUAUGAAAUUUCUGAAAAUAUUGAAGUAAAAGAGAAACAUUCACAUUUGAAAAAUCAGCAUCAUUAUUUGGGUCAAGAUUGAAACCUCAAUGUUUAGCAUCCUUUGUAGUUAUAAAGUCACUUAAAUUAGCUUGCUGGGAAAGUUGUGUCUCAGAGUAUUCUGUUCACUGACCCUCCCUGCCCCAACCUGGGCCUCCCCCUGUGGGUAGCGCCCCUCCCCCCCAGCCUGAGCAUCUGAGCACAGUGGCUGCCCCCGGAGGCCUGGGUUCUGCCUCGCUGGGCUGGGGUGGGGGCAGAUUUCGGUUUUGGAACCUGUCACAACAGCAUCUGGGUGCUGGAGCUGGGGUGGGGGAGGCGCCAUAUGUGAAUGGCACCGUGUGCUCAGGCCUCUGCCCCGAGUGCACCUGGCUCUGUGCCGGGGACGGUGGGGCACACAGGAGCGCAGCCCGGCAAGGCCGGGCAGUGGGACAGACCCUUAAGAGUCCCCACGCCUUGCCCUCAGUCCUCGAGGAGAGAGAGCUCAGACAUCAGACACUUGCUGAGCUCCCAGCAUAGCCGGUCAGCGCUCACCCACCUUGUCUGGCCACCAGCUGGUGGCCUGUCCUCACUGCCUCUCAGGGAAGAGAAGCCAGCCUCGCUUAUUUGUUGACUGCUUAUCUGGCCUGCAUUCCCAUUCAAUGGGCAGUGUUUGGGCACAGCAGUGGAAUGCGACGUGUCCCACCCAGAUGUCUUGGUUCUGGGCCUGCCGCUCAGGGCUCAGGCUGGGCCUGACGACCCCCUUCACACUUGCCUCCCCUUCCGACCUUGGAGCCUUCCCGUGGAAUGAGCCUGUCGCAUGUGACUUGUUCUGAGCACCUGAUUCGUGUCUAAUAAAUGACGGUGGUGGAGAGCGAACCGUGUGGUGGCAAAACUCUGGCCUCACCAGUUUGCUGGCUGCCCGCGCCCA